AUGCAGCGCGAAGGCGAAGGUGCGACAAAGCGGGCCUUAAGGCGCCACGCCACGGUGGAUGGCACGAAGCUGCAAGAGCAGAUGGACCUAGCUCGCACGCGGCAGAUUGCAGCAGAGACCUUGCACGAUGGCACUUGGUUGUUGCAAGCAGCUCGCGAAAACAGCAACAUCGUCUCGGACUUGACAAACCGGCCACUUUUUCCAUCACGGUCUCUGACCUGGGGAUCGUGCUGCAGUGGCUCCGAAGGCGUUCGGUUUGUCUUUGAGGCCCUCCAGCUGCUUGCAGCAGAACAUGGGCACGGCAUCACUUUCCAACACAUGUUCAGUUGCGAAUCUGCACCUGAGAAGCGGCAAUGGAUUCAGCUUGUGUCUGAAUUUGCAGGCCCGGUCAUGCAGAAAAUUAAAUCAUGUUUGGAUGGAGGUGUCGAGGUCGAGGACAACGAGGACAAUCUCAUUGCCCGUGAGCGCUCGCCCUGCCUCUUCACGGACAUAUGUACCUUGGGCGGUAGCCAUAGUGAGUGCGUGGCUCAUGGGCCCAACCAUCAAGGCACUUUCAACUCUAGUGGGGUCUCUGAGCAAGGAAGGGGUCGUUGCCCUGUCCCACAGGUGGAUCUUCUAGUCGUUGGUACAAGCUGCAAGGAUAUGUCGCGAGCCAACAACAGCAGCAGCAAAGGUCGAAGUCCUCCUGUCUUGCUACAGGAGAAGUCAAAAGGCGGCAGCGCGCAGACUUUCCAAGGUAUGCUGGCUUUCAUUGAUGCUCACUCCCCUGGCAUCGUACUGUUUGAGAAUGUUGAUGCCAUGGAGGACAAGACAGGGGGCAACAGCAAUAAUCUGGAUAUUGCCCUAGCUGAGAUGAGCAAUAGAGGGUAUGAGAGUCAGGUAAUCAUGACAGACGCCUCUACGAUGGGCCUUCCUGCACGCAGAAGACGUGUCUACAUUGUGUUUUUGAGAGUUGCAGGCAAUGCUUUGGUGGACUUUGCCCAGCGUUCGAUGACAGCCAUGUUUGCCACGUUAAGAGCCGCCAUGUGUGUUUGCGUACGCUCUGCUUGUUGCGGCACGGAGAUUUUCUUGCCAGAUGACGAUGCAGCAGUGCUCUCGGAGCUUGAGGUCCGUCAGCAGAAGCGGGCAAGGCAACAAGAACUGGCUCAGAAGAGUCCACCUGCGGCUCAAACGUGGAUGGACUCUCACUUCAAUUUUGCACGAAGCAUCAAGUAUCGUUGGGGCGAGCCCGUGCCCCAAGAUCUCAAAGAGAACCCAUGGUUCCGGACCUUGACAGAGAGAGAGCAAGAUGUGUUGAGAUUGUGUCGCGUGCAAGCCCAUCAGCUGCAGAGAGAUUCAACACCAAUACUUUUCACGGACGUGUCGCAAUCCAUUGUGAGGGCACUUACCCCAUCAUUUGAUGGCAAUGACGGCCAUCAUGUUUUGCCCACCGUGUUGCCCCGCAUGCUCUUGUGGCACGACCAAAUUGGACGUCUCCAACUUGGUCGUGAGGCUUUGAUGUGUCAAGGCUUUCCAGCUGUGCCGUUCUUGAAUCACUGCGAAUCCGUGAAGCGGCCUCAGGCCUGGUCCCCAAGCGAGAACCUCCUGCAAGAUUUAGCGGGAAAUGCGAUGGCGCUCCCAGUCCUACUGGGGAUACUCCAGAGCAUGUUUGUGUCCUUUUCUUGGCAAGGCUCGGCUGACAUAGACUUGGCCGACGAAGAAACAAAACCACCUCGAAGGGCCGUCAGUGAAGAGGC